GCUACACUGCCAAGCACUUCAGCUGCGGCUGCUGCAAGUUCAGGUAGACGCCGGCUGCGGUUUCUUAAGAGACAAGAGCUUGAAGAGCUUGACAAACAAACAGAAAAGCAAUGGCAGUGAAUGCCAGUGCCAGCAUCCUGAGCUCAGCUUACCUUGCUGUGGAGUAUGUGGAUUCGAUGUUGCCUGGAAAUCCCCUCCAGGAGCCACUGAAAAAUGCCUGGAACUACAUGCUUGACAAUUACACCAAAUUUCAGAUUGCCACGUGGGGCUCCCUCAUAGUCCAUGAGUUUAUUUAUUUCCUCUUCUGUCUGCCCGGGUUCAUCUUUCAAUUUAUCCCCUUCAUGCAGAAGUACAAAAUACAGCAGGAUAAACCAGAAACAUGGGAAAAGCAAUGGAAAUGCUUCAAAAUGUUGCUGUUCAAUCAUUUCUGCAUUCAGCUCCCCAUGAUCUGUGGAACGUACCACUUCACAGAGUUCUUCGGCAUUCCUUAUGACUGGGAUUCAAUGCCAAGAUGGCCCUACCUUUUAGCACAGUGCUUUGGUUGUGCUGUAAUUGAAGACACUUGGCACUAUUUCUUGCACAGACUACUUCAUCACAAAAGAAUUUACAAGUACAUCCACAAGGUUCAUCAUGAAUUCACAGCUCCAUUCGGAAUGCAGGCAGAAUAUGCACAUCCUUUGGAAACAAUUAUUUUGGGAGCAGGAUUCUUCAUUGGGAUCAUGAUCUUUUGUAACCAUGUCACUCUUCUCUGGGCUUGGGUAACAUUCCGCUUACUGGAAACUAUUGAUGUACACAGUGGUUAUGACAUUCCCUUGAACCCGCUGCAUCUCAUCCCGUUUUAUGCUGGCGCACGCUUCCAUGAUUUUCACCAUAUGAACUUCAUCGGGAACUAUUCUUCUACCUUCACCUGGUGGGACAAACUCUUCAACACGGAUUCCCAAUACAACAGCUUCCGGCACAAACCAGAAAAGAAGAAAACCCAGUGAACGAAUUUGCUACAACAGUUUUGCAGUCAUUUUUUUCCAUGUCCUGGAGUAAUGAACUCGGAGAAAGCCUGCAAGUGGAAAAGUCGCAUUCAGAUGACGUGUCAGUGAAAUAUCACUUGGCCUUAUUCUGCCUGGCUUUUGCAGGCAUGUUUAAAUUUGCAGUUAAAUGUUUCAGGCUAUUAAAUAAUUAGUAACUUUUGCAGUAACUUUUCAAAAUGCCUCAUCGGUUGUUAUUACUAAUGUGUUUAGAUAACAAGGGAAAUUUUACAGGUGCAAUAUGGAAGGUCAGUUCCAGUGAAUAUAAUGUAUGAUAUUUGUUUUCUGUAUUGUCUUCAGUAGGCAUUUCUGAAUCCUUUAGAUUGUAUUGCUUGAACAUGCGUGAAGAAAAGUCCCAUUUUGAAUCAGGAGUCUAAAGUGUAAUGGUUUUGCAGAACAUUCCCCUGUACUUAAAAGUAUUCAACAAGUUUUAAACAACAAUUACCUCUUAGAGCUUAAAAAAAGUACCAUAAAUAUAUCAAUACCUACAUUUUUGUUGUUUUUGCGGAAAGAUUUUAGAGUGCCUUUCAUUUGAAAAUAAAACAUCAAAUCUCAAUGUUAUUGGUUCCACAGUGUUUUUAAGAUUUGUUCCAUUAUUAGAAUAUGGACUAGACUAAAAAAAGAUUAGGAUCAAAUUGGCUAUAAUUAGGAAUGGAAUGUGUUAAGUGGAAUUUAGCAGUUGUUGCACAAUGUCAUUAUCUUAAAAUAACAGUGAGCAUUAUUUGCGGGGAUCACAAGUGACAUUUUCAGAAGUAAUUUUAAUAAAACAAAUGCUUGUCCUCUUGAUGUAAUCACUGGUGGCUUUGCAUGCUGUUUACAGAGCUUACAAAAUUGCAGUUGUCAGAUGGGUUCGCAAUUAAUAAAACCAAUUUCCAUCUAUGGAUUUUUCUUUUACUUUUCUAGAUUGAAAUCUCUUAGAAGGUUUAAAUAAAACUGCAUUGGUUAACUGGCAAACAGUUUUCUUAAAAGAGAAUAAUAUUUUUAUAUAUUUCAUAUUAAAUGACAUUUAAUAGUGUUGUCUAUUGCAUAUCCCGAAAGCUCAGUUCUAGGUGAUGAUGAACACAUCUAAGCUGCGAUGGGGAUAGUAUACACUGUGUUAAUGUCACUGUACUGUUAAGAAGAAGAGUAUACAAAUACCAGUUUCAUUGUCUUAUUGUGCAGUGUGUAGCAGCAGUUGUCAAAAUGUCAUGGUAAUAGUAAAAGAUGUACCUAAGAAGGCUUCAAGAAUGAGUUGUGAUAUAUUCUAUUGCUUAUGUGUUGGGUGAAAAAUGCGACAGACAUGCUUUAAUAUUGCACAGAAAUACGUGCAGAAAAAAUACUUAUGUAAAGACUUGAUUAUUGAUUGUACAUGUACAAAUAUUCGUAAUUUAUAUGUCAAAUUGUUUGCAAUCAGCCUGUUUUGUAUGUCAAACAUUGUGUGUGUAACAGGGAGAGUAAGUAUAACAUUCAAACAUUGAAAAAAGAAAUUUAUGCUUUAUUUGGAGCAAUUAUUGCAUGCUUGAUUCUGAUUAUUAGAAUUAAAAUAUUGUAUUUUAUUA